CUGACACAAAGAGGUUGACAUGGGAAGAGCCACAUCGUAAAGACGAGAGAGACAGGCUGCAAGAAGGAGAACAAAACCAACUGGAAAAAACCCUGUCCCUUGCCUCUCUUUCUCUCAUUCUCUUUCUUUUUUCCCUCAUUGCAUUCGUGGAAGAGAGGAGACAGACAAGGACAGAGCCUUGAACUCAGACACUGUGAUGGACACCAAGGCAGUGUUUGCGGCCCUGUACAGUGUGUGCGAAGAGAAUGCCGCUUUCUUCUCAGGAGGGGCCAAGGGGUCGCAGGGUGAUGCUGCACGGCGGCUGGUGGAUGUCAUGAAGCUGAUCCAGGAGCACGCUCGCAGUCUGGAGCCCGUUAUCUCCGGCUUCGCUUCAGUUUACCAUCAUUUUGACUUUGACCCACACAUACCUGCCAAUGGCUAUCGCUCACUGGUCAAGGUGGUGCGCUGCUGCCUUCUUCACAUCAUCCAGAAAGGGCGCUACAUCGCAGCCAACCGCCGCAGCAUCUUCUUUCGAGUGGCACACAAUGCGGGGGAGAUGGAGGCCUAUUGCAACGCUUUGUGCCAGCUGCGUGCCCUGCUCUACCUGGCCCAGCGAAUGCUACAUGACAACAGCCAUGGCAACCUUUUUUUCCAGGAUGAAAGUGGCCUCAGCGAGAGCUUUGUCCGCGAAUACUCAUCCAUGCACAAGGGGUGCUUUUAUGGCCGUUGCCUUGGCUUUCAGUUCACUCCAGCCAUUCGACCCUGUCUCCAGACCAUCGCUAUCGGCCUUGUGGCCUUUGGAGAAAACUACAGACGCCAUCAGUCAGGAAUAGGUGUUGCAGCCAGCUCUUUCUUUACCUCUGGGAAGUACGCCAUCGACCCAGAGUUGAGAGGGGCAGAAUUUGAGCGCAUCACCCAGAACCUGGAUGUCCAUUUCUGGAAGACCUUCUGGAACAUCACUGAGACUGAAGUCCUGUCAAGUCUUGCCAGUAUGACAUCCACUCAAGUUAAGGUGAACCGGGCUCUUUCUGUGCCCCCCGUGCCCUUUGACCUUCCCCUGGCAGCUAACCACAGAGCAUCUGUAACUAUAGCUCCACCAUCAGCGCACAUCGGCACCGCUCCUGUUCAGAUGAGGCUCAUCUCGUAUGACUUACGUGAAGGACAGGACAGCGAGACUCUGCUGUCGCUGUCCCGCUCUGAGGGGGGAGCCAUCUCUCUGUCGCUGGGGCUGAAGACCAAGCGCCUCCCCUCGUCUCCCUGCCUCCUGAUCCACUUCCACGGAGGAGGCUUUGUGGCCCAGACCUCCAAGUCCCAUGAGCCCUAUUUGAAGAGCUGGUCCCAGGACCUUGGUGUCCCCAUCCUGUCAGUGGACUACUCUCUGGCCCCUGAAGCCCCCUUCCCAAGAGCCUUGGAGGAGUGUUUCUAUGCCUACUGCUGGGCUCUGAGAAACCACCACCUACUAGGUUGGACUGGAGAGAAAGUGUGUCUGGCUGGUGACAGUGCAGGAGGCAACUUGAGUGUGACGACAUCGAUGCGCGCUGCUGCCUUUGGUGUGCGAAUGCCAGAUGGCAUCGUGGCAGCCUACCCGGCUACCCUGCUGACUGCCUACGCAUCACCCUCCCGUCUGCUAACACUUAUGGAUCCCCUGCUGCCGCUCAGUGUGCUCUCCAGGUGUCUCAGCGCCUACGCAGGCAAUGAGCCUCAGACAGAGACACAGGUAGAGAGAGUGAGCACGCUGAGUCUGGUGAGGAGAGACACGGCGCUGCUGCUUAGAGAUUUCCGACAGGGAGCCUCCAACUGGAUCCACUCUCUGCUGGAUCCCAACAGAGCCUCGGCCUCCUCCAGCACAGCUGCAGAGGCGCCACCAGGAGCCACUGACACAGUGAGGAAGAGCAUUUCAGAGGCGUCCAUCUCUUCUCCUCACGCUGACCCCCCCAUACCCUCGGAGCCUUCAGAGUUCCCCAGCAGGAAAUUAUCUGUCAAGAGCCAGACUUGCCAGGACUUGGGAUCCCACAACAGUUCCACCUCUCAUAGUGCACCGCUGCUCUCUGAGCGUACCCCAGAAGAUGUGAAUUUCUUCCUCUCCAAGAAUGCAGCUUUGUCCAUGUCCAGCGACCUAUCUACAGUAGCCAUACCACCCCCUGCUGGAGAGGAGGGAUUAGAGCUGGAGCACCCUAGGGAGUUUCCCUUAGGGUUUGAGCCACUGCGCACACAGCAGCUGGCUGAGAUGAGGGUGGAGAGCUCUCCAGUGGUCAAGGAUCCUUUCUGCUCUCCUCUGCUGGCCCCUGAUAGCAUGCUGAAAGGGCUGCCGCCUGUACAUAUAGUGGCUUGUGCAUUAGACCCCAUGCUGGAUGACUCUGUGAUGUUUGCCAAGCGUUUGAGGAACAUAGACCAGCCUGUCACUCUGUGUGUGGUGGACGACCUCCCCCAUGGCUUCCUCAGCCUAUCGCAGCUCUCCAGGGAGACCAGGGAGGCUGCCAACGUCUGCGUGGAGAGAAUUCGCGCCGUCUUUACCCAGACGGACACACCCCCGGAGCCACGCAAGCACCGCAAGCUGGAGCGGACCGAUAGGGAUGUGUUGGCCUCUUCUGGGGAAGCUGGUUCUCUCUUCGUCGGUCCCAUUGAGGCAGUGGAGCUCACUGCUGGGAGAGGGGCUAAAAUUGCUGAUGGGGAGAGCUUAGUUGCUGUGGCAGCCCAGAAUAACACUGACACUGGUGGUAUAGGGCCUUAAAUAAGGGUAGAUAAAAAAAGAAGGACUGCAGUCACCCAAUGAGUGAAAGGAGGAAGAGUAAAUGAAAGUCAGAGAGAUUUAGGCAGUGCAGUGCCUAAAAGGGAGAGAGAAAAUAUCCUAAAAAACAGAAAAACGUAGGGUGCAUUGUACAGCAUUGCCCAGUUUUUUAAGAGAGAUUAAAAAAAAAUAGAGGAGCAUUGAAAUACUUCCUCUCCUUUACAGUUCUUACCAUUUGUCUGUGCGCCAUCAUGCACCGACGCAAAUCAGGCAGACAAAACGAACACACCCACAAAAGACAGUCAUAUUUUAAAAUAGAAUGGUAAUUUAGCAGCUACUUAGAUCAAAGACCAGCCCUCACCCACACACACGCAGCACACAUACUCAACAGAGCUGCCGUUAGGCAGCGCAGGCUCGGACAUAAAGCAGUGCAGAAGAUUCUUGAGAUGAGGCCUGAAUGGGUGAUUCAUCUAGGCCAAGGCAGUCAUUUGAGGCCCUAAUCAGACAAUGGUAGGCACACUAUAUGCUUCUGUAUGGAGUCAUCCCCAUCAAAAUGGCCACUUGUCCUUUAGGGAGGCACUCUAAAUCACACUUAAUAACUCCACAUUGUGUUCUCCAUUACACUAGUUUGGCAGUCAAUACGACUCACUUUGUGGAUAGUAACUCUGUUGACUCCCUCCCAAAUAGAAUUACAGAGCUAAAACACAACAGACUGAAAGGCUCUAAACUGGAUGAAUUGAUUCACUUGUUUCUUGAGUUUCUGUCACAAUCAUAUUAUUAUCCCUAUGCAGUAGUAUCACGUUUGCUAUUUAUAUAUGUUUUUUUCUAUUGUCGUAGUUUAAUCCCUGAAUCAUUACAGGUUUGUCUGUUGAUUUGUGCACACUAUUUUUGUUUAAUCUCAUGCUGUUUAUUCCACAUUUGUGAAUGUGCUCAAUUUUUACCUCUGCUUCAGUGGCACAGCUGCUCUGACAUCCCUGGCCUCUCCAAUUAAUCUCAUGUCCUGCUCCCAGUAAUGCAUACUGAUGGGAUGAGUUAGAUGUAGAAUAUUACACAGGGACACAGCACCCUAUGUAGAUGCUGCCUGGUGCUUUUAUAAUGCUGAUGUUACUAAUACAAAGAUUGCAUUUUAUUGAUUGCUACAGUGACAUUUGUAGAGAUGCACUGAGAUGCAUUAUUUUCUGAAGACAAAUACUUGCUUUGAGUCAUUUAAGACUUGCUCGCUCUCAGACGUCUGAGAGGCAAAGUGUUUUUAUUUGCAUUAAUGUAAGGCCGAAACGGAAACUUGCUCGAGAUUCUCCUUCUGCAGGCCGAGAGUAAGAGAGAAAGGGGCAGCAAAAAGCCCACCCUCAGCUAUCAAUACACAUUUUAAACUCCAUUGCACUGAUUUCCUCUCAGGUUGUCCCCGUUCCUCGCCAGGCAUUAUUGCUCACACUACUUCUCUGCACAGUAUGCAGUGUGUCAAAGUACCACUUCUCUUGAGCCAGGGUAUUUCUCCUGCCUGACAAUCUGUUUCUACAAAUCAGAGGCUUUUAGGCAAAGCUCCAGGACCCUGAGCAAGGAAAGAGGUUGUAUAAGUGCUGUGUAAAAGCCGCUGAACUUGUGUUUGGCUAGCUAAAAGUGGCUGGUGGUCCCGAAUCCUUCGCUCCCCACCGUCAUAUUUGGGCUUGACUUUGUUUUCGAUAACCUGAGGACACUCCUGAGCGUGUUGCCACCAAAGCACUUUGAAGUACACAAAAACGUCCUUCGGAGGGUCAGUCCCUCGAUCAGGUCCAACUAAAUAUAGAUGCCAACAAUGCUGGCACUGUCCUGCCCUUGCCUGGUAACAGGGCCAGGGUUGCCAGGUCUGUAGAGAAGGGAUGCUGUGUGAUGAAUAGGAUUUAGCUGAAUCUCUGAGUGCAAAAUCUCCCCACCCCGCUGUAGAAGAGCAGGAUUUUCAGCAGCAAAGUCAUGCUACAGGAUUAGACCAUGCUCAGUUCUGUCAGCUCGCCAUACUUACUGCAAUAUUUUUAGUCAGAUUGAUGGAGAGAACCAGGGUCGUGAAGAAAGUAAUACACUCAUCCUCUCGGAGACGCUGUGCUGAAGUUUGUACUUGCUUUACUAGCCGCUGUUUAUGCUCACUCUGCGCUUUUACAGCCGUUGACUCGUCGAUCCAUGCAAGUGUAUUUUAAGCUUGAGCUUCUAUACGUGUGUGUGUUUUUUUCCCUGUUACUUGGUGCCUGUAUGUGUGGCUCAAGUGGAUGUGCUCAUUCACGUGAUCACACCAGCCUCUGUGGUGUGUGAGAAGCAUGGCCACGUCCUCGUUGUUUGUGUCGUGUGUUCGCAUAAAGACAAGAAUGGCACUUCACAGUCAAAAGAUUAUACACAGUAUUACUCAUCUGUUACCUGAUCUUCUCGUAGUCGACGCUUUUUGUCUGUGACGUACAUAAACUUGACUUUAUCAGGGCUGAAAACACCACCGCCUAUGAAGCCCAGCGGGGUUGAUGGAUCAUUUGCACUAUGUUGUAUAAAUUAUGUGAGCUACCAGAAAACAACAACAACAAAAAUGUGUCAAAUUCACCCACUUGCUGUUUAUUGACCUCUGUAUGCCUCUCACACUUGAGAACUCAUGCAUCAGGCUAACCUGAGUGCAGGUGAUAGACCAGAGAGACCAUCUGGUGUUUCGCACAAAUGAGUUUGCAAAGAUGGGUUAAUGUUACUUUUAGUUUCCUCAAUUCCUGUUUUCUGUGGUUCCACUCAUGCUGAAAUGUUGCCUGCAGAGCUGAAAUAUUUGAUUUUGGUAUUGUUUCAUUAACUGUUGCUGCUUUAUAGUGUCUAAUUGUUGACUAUCCACAGAGCGACUUUAUAAUCACAAAUUGUUACAAGCUAGUUGUAGUCAUUCAGUGAAAUUAUGAGUUUUUUUUUUGGUUGUUCAGUUGUCAGGUUGCACAGCAUACCUCCACAGUUUUAAUCUUCGAAAGCUCUUCUCACUUGAGAUUUCUCUUGCUCCAGGCUGAUUUUCGGUGAAGUGCAAUGCAAAGUGCAACGCUGCUACAAAACAUGAGCCGACUGCUUCAGCGAUUAGGUCUUGGGUAAUGCUAUGCAGUUACACACCAGCAUCACACCAUUUUUCUUUUCCACAGUCUCCGUUUCCUUAGUCAAAAAUGUGGUUACGCUGCUCACUGUUCUAUAAUGUGUUCAGAGCACCUCAAGGUUGGACUUAAGUUACAAUACCAACUCAUAGACCACAGCACUUAUUGUAAAGUAGAUUCCUGGCAACCUGUCUUUCACAAAUGCAUCAAUGAUUAGUCUGACCUCAACUUCUCCUCAGAAAUGUUUCCUUUUGAGAAAUAAUCAAUAGUUAUUUUACUUGUAUGGUCAAAGUAUUAAGCAGAACCAAAGAGUGCAGCCGGAGUCUUGUAACAGAUGUGCUGUCCUUGCUGCUUAUGUUUGCUGUUAACUGGUAUCAUUGAAAAUGCAGGUGCUAGCCAGUGUCAUCGUCUGUCUGCGCUUCAUAUGCAAAUGACUCUGCACUGUAAAAUGCAGUUCUGAUGUAGAAUAUGAUUAGCUUUUUAAAAAGAAACAAGCCAUAGACUGGAAACAAGCUGUUUUAAGUUUUCUUGUUUUUUUUUUACUUUUUAAUUGUCUUUUAUUCAAAACACCACAAGUGCAAACCUGUGAAUAAAAAAGGAUGUAUAUUAAACAUUAUAUGAUUCAUGUAGAUAUUUUUACUUUCAGAUUUGUUCAUCUGAUUGAUUGCAGAUUGAUCUGAGUGCGUUUUCUUUGCUGGUUUCAUACUAGAAUGUUAUGUCUCAUGAUGCGCCACAAGUAGGCUGGUUUCUUCCUUUGUUGAUUUUUAUCAAAAUAAAUAUAUUCUCC